GUGCACUUGCAGUGUCGGUGCGUACAAGUGACAGUGGUUUGUUUUGUUCGGUUCAUUUUAGUGUUACGAUUAUUUCGUUUUGGUGACACUGAACAGGAUAAAAAUAGACCAUGGGCUCACUGCCACGCGUGUCAGUGGUGGCGGGCGCACGGGUGCCAGUACCCGCAGCACCGCUCACCGAGCACCUGGCACGGAUGGGUGGCGUCGACAGAACUGCGCUCAUUUACUCAGAUGAAACCUGCAACGUACGAGUGAGCUACGCAGAGCUAGAAGGGCGUACGAAUGCCAUGGCGAGGGCGUUAGCAGCACACGCAAGACCGACUGGCCCUAACCGGGACCAGGAUUAUGUGAUUGCUGUGUGCAUGCAGCCUACGCAUAACACAGUCAUAGCCCUCUUGUCGACAUGGAAAGCUGGUGCAGCGUACGUACCGAUGGAGCCGAGUUUCCCGCAAGGCAGGAUAACGCACAUCCUAAAAGACGCUGAGCCAUCACUCAUCAUAUACGACGACACUGCAAACCCAUCCAUGUUUGCCGGUAGCGGAGUUCCAGCGGUAUCCUUCGAGGAGCUAUCGUUGGAAGCCAGUGCUCUACCAGCAGACCGGCCUAACGAUGAUGAAGUCCUUGUUAAAAUGGACGCUGAUUCGAUUGCCAUAGUUUUAUAUACUUCUGGCAGUACAGGAAUACCAAAAGGAGUACGUCUCCCAUAUUCAGCGAUUUGCAACCGCCUCUGGUGGCAAUUCCGAACCUUUCCGUACACGGACACAGAAAACACGUGUGUAUGGAAAACUGCUCUCACGUUUGUCGACUCUGUGUGCGAGAUCUGGGGGCCGUUGCUGCAUGGAAGAUCCCUCCUGAUAUUGUCGAGAGAAACGACAAGGGACCCACAGAAAUUGGUGCGAGUUUUGGCUGAAUACCAGAUCAAACGUCUGGUGCUCGUACCAACUCUCCUCCGUUCAAUUCUAAUGUACCUCUCCCUCACUCCUUCUGAAAGGCCUCUACAAUGCCUUAAGGUCUGGAUCUGUUCCGGCGAGACACUUGGCAAGGACCUAGCGUCUCAAUUCUUUCAAUACUUCAAUGACCAGAAUGGCUAUAAACUGGCCAACUUCUACGGUAGCACUGAAGUUAUGGGAGACGUGACAUAUUUCGUGAUUGAAAAAGUUGGACAGUUGGAUAUGUUCCCUUCCAUACCAAUAGGUGCACCUUUAGACAACUGCGCAGUUUACCUUCUGGACGAAGAAAUGAAUCCCUCUCGGGAAUCUGAACCUGGUGAAGUAUGGGUGGCUGGUAGAAAUUUGGCGAGAGGUUACGUAGGAGGACAGGCACCGGAAAAGUUCUGCGACAACCCACACGCUGCACAUCCUGAUUUCAGCCGUUUAUAUCGCACGGGAGACUUCGGCAUCCUCGAAAAAGGAAUGGUUCUUUUUGCUGGAAGAACAGAUUCUCAAAUCAAAAUUAGGGGACAUCGGGUCGAUCUGUUGGAAGUUGAACGCGCUGUCAACAGUGUGCAUGGUGUUGAAAAAGGUGUCGUCCUCUGCUACGGUCUAACCUCGGGCAAUCCAGAAAUCCUUGCUUUCGUUACCGUGCAGCCAGAUGCCAGGCUGGCUGGUCACCAUAUAGAAGCUUCACUUAAGAACUCCCUUACUCAGUACAUGAUACCGCAGGUAACCGUAAUAGAAAAGAUACCUCUACUUGUGAACGGUAAAGUGGAUCGACAAGGACUGCUGAAAAUGUAUGAAAACACGAAUAAUAAUGAUGAUGACGCAAUACCUAUAGACAUAGACUACUCAGGAGUUAGUCCAAAGGAUCACGAAGUCGCGCGCAUUCUGUUUGAAACUGUUGGCGAAGUCCUUGGUAGGGCGGCGCGAGGAGUUCUGUCCGUGAAAGCUGGGUUUUACGAGUUAGGAGGCAAUUCUCUUAACUCGAUUUACACUAUUACUAGGCUGAGGGAUAAGGGAUACUUCAUUGAAAUAAGCGACUUCCUAGGAGCUUCAAACUUAGGCGAGGUCCUAUCACAUUUAACUACUAAUCCAGAUGAAUCAAGAGAAAGUGAUGAUGCUAAAUUCGCAGUACGGGCUGUACGACCAGAACACAAGGAUCCAGUUAUUGAAAUGAUCGUCUCAUCUUUCUACGAAAAAGCGGAGUUAGAGCAGUUCCUGAAACACGAAAUAGCCGUACGUGACUACGCGCACUGCAUCGAUGAAUGCUGGGAGCCACUACUGGCGGCUGAUCUCAGUGUCGUCUUAGAAGACUCUUCGGGAACUCCUGUAGCAGUGGCGUUAAACUUUGACGCUCGCGAGGAACCAGAAAUCGAGCUAUCUGGCGGUUUGGCGAAGAUUAUGACGUUCUUGGAAUACGUCGAGGGCUCUGUGAGAGACACUAUGCUGCCUGAAGGAAAGGGUGCAAUCCUACACUCAUUUAUGAUGGCGACAGAUGCUACAAUGUCAGCGAGGGACAAUGUAUUGGCGAUUCGGGCUCUAGAGGUCGCCACAGAGAGAGUGGCUCGGGAGAAGAAUUUCCGUGGAGUUUUCACUACAAAUACAAGCCCUUUGACGCAGCAAUUAGGCACAGACGUCCUCGGAUUCCAAACUCUUUUGGACUACCAAAUAAACCAAUACGUUGACCCCAAUGGUGACCGGAUCUUUGGAAGAGCACCGGACGAUAUGCGAGCGAUAGUUUGCUGGAAACCCGUUGAUUAAUCGAUAGUCGUGACUUGGAAUAGAAAACCAGUGUAGAAGAAAUCUGUGGAAAUUGUUUGAAGUCCCAUUCUCAAUAAUCUCAAUGGUUUAAAAUUUUGUUUUACUAUUUGGCAAGCAUAUAAAAGUAAGAUUUCCAAACGUUCUAAUGCUACUUACUUUUGUUUAUUAAAAAUUAAAUUGGGUUUGUUAAUUAUCUGUAGAAUGUUCCAUUUUUUUUUUCUUUAAAGCCAAUUAUAUUUAUGUAUAUAUUCUACUCUACAUAGUUAGAUAGUUAUUUAUCUAACGUAUGUAAACAUUAAUUUCCACGAUUUUUCAAAAUUCAAUAACUCAGUGGAGUGAAGGCUGUGGGUGCAGAAAUUUAGGUUAGAUUUUUAUAUUAGUCUAAGUGCGCAUUACUAUUAAAUAAUUGCACCUUUUUAAUAUAAUUAUUAGUGUAUAAUAAACAUUAUUAUAGAAAUAGAACACACUCGAUUAUUUAUUAUAAAAAUGAAAGAAAAAAAAAAUUCUAUUCUCUCGUAUGGGAAUUAUUUUCUUUGAAGAAAUCACUAUUUUGAAAAGACCCGUUAAUUCAGAAGUAUGUGCAUAUCUCUAACCAAACUGAAUUGACAGUUCUUAAAGUAGUGGCACUAGAGUGGCAUUACUACCUUUUAAAAGUCAUAUUGUGAAAUAGAAAACAUUACUCGUACUUUGUUAAAUAAACCGGUCAAUUUAGUUUAAUUUAGAAACGUAUACACAAGCGUAUGUAUCACUAUUGUUUUUUUAUGUGACUGUCUGUGUGCUAUGAAAUCUUAUUUGAAUUAAAACUGUUAAAUUUCGAAGGAAAUGACUUUUUAGAGGCGUUUUAAUUUUGAAAUGAUAAAUUUUUUUUAUUAUAAAGUAAGCUGUACCAAAUAUAUAUAAUUUAUAAAACAUUAAAAUCUGACGUUAAAUUAUCGAAAUAUUAUUCUUCCAAUUUAUGACACCAACACAGAAUACUAUAGUAAUCAAAUAAAGGUAUUCGGUUGUACGAAAAUUUCUUAAAUACACUAAAUUGACAUGUAAUGGUAAUGCUAAAUAGUGUCAAUACUGCACUUCUCUUCACAAAAUUCCAUGUGAACCUGAGUAGCAUGAUCUUAGGACAUUUCAGUUCAGAGAUUUAUGUGAAACCUCUAUAAAAUUAAGCGACUUUGAUAGGUAAUUAAACCGUGUCAACGUGCUUCUUCCAAAGCUUAUAAUUCCGUAUUAUAUCAGUGUUAUUUUUCUUAAAUGUUAAUGAUAUAUCUAGGUACAUUAUUCUUAGUAUACUACGAUACCUUAUUUAUUUAUUUACAUAUAUAUGUUAACCUAACUUUAAAUAAAUUUUAGUUAUUAGACAAA